CGUAUUACUUCUCUCCUUGUUUCCUGUUAUCGCAAGCCAGCCAGCAACCAUGGCCGUGGCCCGUCGGCGGCCAUCGUCGGCCGUCUCCCUCACAGCCCUCGUCCUCUCCUCGACGCUCCUCCCCAUCGCCGCCAGCCAUGCGCUGCCCCGAGAGACAAAGACCGUCGCCGUCCGCGAGCUCAACGUGGUGCCCUGGCCCAUCGCGACGCCCGCGCCCGGAGCCUCGCCGGACCUCGACCUCAGCCUCGGCGCCGUGCCCGCCGCCGACCUGCUGCGCCGCGACUUCAACACCAUCUGCGGCUUCAUAGGGGGCCACGCCGACUUCCCGGCCACGUGCCUGCCCGGCUCGCACUGCGCCGUCGACGUCGACAACAAGGCCAUCGGCUGCUGCCCCGACGGCGCCCCCUGCACCGGCGGCAUCUUCACCGGCUGCGUCGACGUCAACAGCCCGCCCCAGACGGAGCUCAACCCCUACGUCUUCACCUGCACCGGCGCCGACGUCUGCUACCGCAACCACUUUGACGGCGGCUUCUUCCAGUUUGGCUGCGGCGCGUCCUCCGCCCUGGCGACGGGCGUGGCCACCACGGCCUUUGGGCGCGGGCCGCUCGACUUCAGCCACGUCUCUGUCCGGCUGACGGCCACGCCCACGCUUCUCGCGACGCCGACGACGAUUGGAUCGCGGACGGGCACCAGGUCUGCGGAGAGCACAGCUACCAGCAGCAGUGGGACAGAGACUACCAAUGCCUCUAAGACGAAGACGGCCGCGACCGAAGAAUCUACGGGAACUGCUACCGAAACCUCACCUACCGAAUCUUCUACUUCAACCUCAACUGCCGAGCCCGCAGCGCCCACUUCCAGCGGCAGCUCCAAGACCGGACCCAUUGUUGGAGGCGUCGUUGGUGGCCUCGCCGGCCUUGCCCUGCUAUUAGGCCUACUAUUCUUCUUUCUGCGCAGAAAGAACGGAGCCAAGCCCGCUCAGUAUAUCGACCGUAAAAAGACGGCAGUCACUGACCAUCAUCUUCGAAACAGUCCAUCAACAGAAAAAUACAACAACAACUCGGAGCCGCAGUACCCUCCCAAAACGCCUCUCCUCAACGAAGAACGCGGCAUCCACCCAGAAGGCGCCGAGCUCAGCCAGCUCCCCCGACGACCCAGCGAGGCCGCGCCCCAGCUCGGCGAGAUCGGCCUCGCCGUGCCCUUCAGCCCGACCUCUGAAUACAGCAGGCCGUCCGACGAGAUCCCCCUCAGGGAGACUACGUCCACGCCCAAGCCGGACAUUGCCGCGCCCGUCGACAUGGGCCCGUACAUUCCGCGGAGAAGGGCCGACGGCGACGGCGCGUUCUUCUCGUCGCAAACGAGAUCCGAAUCGCGGACUCGCGGCCGGCCUUGGGUCUAG